UCAGGUAAACCAGCACAAAAUGGCACACAGUUGUGAAGUGGAAAGAAGAGCAGUCUUACUUUGAGAAGCUGCCAAGAUAACUGCCAUGGUAACUCUGGAGGAGGUGCACAUUUUCUUCUGUGCAAUAGAGAGGAUGUUGACUCCUCUCUAUUGCGAUAAGAUCAACAAAUCUGGCCUUCAUGGUAGAGUGGCAAGAAAAAACCCCACUCUACUAUCCUCUUUACAAUAAUAAACCACGUGUUGGUAAUAUUCCGCUAAAAUUAAUUGAAGUUUGUGGUUGUAGUGUUGUCCUUUGGAAGCACUCGUCUUUUGUUCUUCUUUGUGAGAUAAAUUGUAAAUUAAGUGGCUACAAGGUUGUAAAGCUGACGGCUAGAUAAGUGAACGAACCGUUAGGGCAGUUUUCCUGUGUGGGUGUGUCAACGGUCCAGAGUUAAAGACUAACACAUCGUUUACUCAUCUGUUUCCCUGCAACAGCACUUUUAUAUUUGCAACAGUUUUACUUUUUUUCAUGUCUCUCUGGGACAAAGUGCACUUUGACCCAGAGGAUAUCCUGUGCCUUCUCAGCAGCAGAGGACUGAAGCACAAGCAGACAAAGGAUCAUCUUAGUUUUUGUGCUUUUUGUAGUGCAAGGAAAGAAGACUAAAAUAUUUUUUUUUACAAAAGCAGAGAGAAAUUAAGCCUUAAAGAAUAAAUUAUAGGUUUGAAGAUGAUGGAAGAGAUGAACGAGGCGACUUCUGUUCUGAGCGUCUAUGGACAUACCAUCAAAGUUACAGAAGUCUCGCAGGACGGGGACACACUUACCUUUAUAAUUGUUUCUCAAAAGCUAUCUGGGACAGGAGAGUACCAUGUGGACCGGACCUAUGAUGACUUUGAAUGGCUUCAGCAGCUUUUGUUCGCUCAGGAAGAAGUACCUGGGAUACAAGGAGUUAUAUUCCCCCCUCUUCCGGCGAGGCCUCAGGUGAAUGCAUCUGCGAAGGUCAUGAAACAGCUUGGUUUUCUUGGUUUAGGAGAGUGGCAGCCGUACUGCAAAGCUCUGGAAACUUUCCUGCGGCAGGUUGCUGCUCACAGCAUACUCAGCAAAAAUAAAGCUGUGGAGGUCUUCUUGACAAGUACUGAACCUCCAGGCAGACAGAAAGUCAGGAGAAACAUUUUCAACCGUCUGAGUCAAGCUGUGGAAGAAAUGAGGAAAGAAGGACAUAAGGAUGUAGAUGAGUUUUUUCAGACGGAACGUGAUCAUAACCUUGUUCUAACUGGACAUACCAGGAUGGCGGGGGAAAAAUUCCUUGAUGUGGUGCUAACUGAGCAAAAAAUAGCUGUGGCCUGUGGGCACUUUGCUGCUGCUCUGCACCUCUGUGUUGAAAACGAAGAGGAUCCAGAAAAAAGGGCUUUUUCUAGGGUUUGUGUGAAAUUAUCAGAAGUAUUCGACUCUAUAAAGAAAAAUAUGAUGAGCAUUGCUGUGAAUGACAUGAACACUCUUGGACUGGGUCUGGACAUGGACUCGCGAUACCAAGAGGCAGAAAAGGAGAUGCUCUUCAGAAGAACCUGCAAACUGGUGGAGCUGGAAAAUGCCCGCAAGAAUGCAGAGAAGGCCAAACCUGUGAAGAAGAAUACUAUGGAGGAGGUGAAGAAAGCAGCAGAGGAAGAGUUUGAGCAUAUCUGUAAAGUUGCAAAGCAAGAGAUUGUCCAUCUGAGUCAGGACCGGAAGGGAAUGGUGCAGAAAAGUCUGACUCAGUGGUGUGAGCAGCAGCUUCAAACAGCCAAAGAAGGUGCUGACGUUUUCAACCAGCACCUGCAAGCCUUCAAAGCAAUGGCCUAAUUGACCUUGCUGGUGCCAUGACUGCCUUCAAACCCACUAUGAGUUAUAACCAGUGUGUCAUUUAAUGUCUCGUACUUAUUUGAAGCAGUACUGGACAUAUGUUAUACACUGAACCUGCACUACUACUGCCUAAAGAUCAUCUAUCGUCUCUAUCUAACUUUACCCCAAGUCCCCAUCAUGGGGUUGUGUAAAUAGACUUUACAAAUUAGCACUGAAAUCCCACAUGUAAUUGCACUAACUUCUAUAAAACUCGAAUGAAAACGACUGCUCUGAGACUGAUUAUCUGCAGAGCUGUGAUUGUACAUGUGCUUUAUACAACACUGCUCGAAUAUGCUGAGAUUGUAUUGUGCUGCUUUCUAGUUGCUACAUCAGCUGGGGUUGGAGGGUAACAUAAAAUAAAGUGUGAUGAAUUGA